UUUCCAUGUCCUGAUGAUGGUGUAUUUGAUUAUUCCGCACACCAUCACUGCACUGUAGUCUUGGAUAAGAAUCAUGACAGCUAAACUGGCUUAAUACGCGAAGACUCAAGAGCUACUCUAUGUAAGAUGAACACUGAGGACAAACUGGAAGGCAUGCUGCUGAAGUGCAGCAGUGGAGGAAUAGACGGAGGAGGGAGAGUUGGCCUGGGCAGCGGAGGAGGACUGGUGGUGAUGACACUCGGGGAACGAUCGCUGGCAAACCACCCUCUGCUGGCCGAGGAUGACGACGACGAAGACGACGACGAGGACUUGACUCGAAGCUCGCUGGUCACUCACGACCUGGUCCCUCCAGAGCAGCUGAUGAUGCAGGAGGAGAUGACGAAGAAUAGCGGUGGAGGAGAAGAGGAGGGAGGAGCCGAGGUGGGAGAGCAUUUCCCCCUAAAACUCACGAAUAAGUUUCCCUGCUUGCUUCAUAUGCCAUUGAGCAUCAAGCAGGAGCUGAAGUUGUCUGAGCCAGCGGUCUAUAUAAAGAAAGACAAAAAGGCAAUCAAGGAUCUGACGAUGUGUCCCAAGAAGAAAAAAAGGAAGCAGCGAUCACCAGCAAAGAUUCUCAGCAUCAAUGACGAUGGCUCAUUGGGCAUACCAAACCCCAAGUGUCACGUCUGUACUCACUGUAAUGCUGCGUUCAGAACAAACUACCAUCUACAGAGGCAUGUCUUCAUUCACACUGGUGAGAAGCCGUUUCAGUGCAGCCAGUGUGACAUGCGCUUUAUUCAGAAAUAUCUUCUCCAGAGACAUGAGAAGAUCCACACCGGUGAGAAGCCUUUUCGCUGUGAUGAGUGUGGGAUGAGGUUCAUCCAGAAGUACCACAUGGAGAGGCACAAAAGGACUCACAGUGGAGAGAAGCCCUACCAAUGUGACUAUUGUCACCAGUACUUUUCCAGAACAGACCGGGUUUUAAAGCACAGAAGAAUGUGUCACGAGAACAGAGAGCGAAAGGCAAACAAGACUGCCGGUAAAGUCGGACCUUUACGUGAAGCAGACUCUUUAGGGCCCCCCUUUGUUGCCAAAGAGUGCUCACUGCCCAAGAAAAAGCGCCAAAAGUGUACAGACAAGAGUUCAGGAGCUUCCACUACUGCCCAGACAGAAGGGCACACUUUUACCGUGGUAGAAACAGAAGAGAAAGAGGAGCAAAAGGGAAGUCUUUCUCUAUAUGCUGUGUCCUCCAAAGUCAAACAUGAGUACGUGAUUGCUGACUACUCUGUGGACCUUCCUGAAGAAACGGCUAACCAACACCAAGAUGGCGACGUCUCUUCGGAAGAAACAACUUCGCCUAAGCUACUUCUGAAGAAAGUCCCCAAGCGGAGUCUUAAGCAGUCGACUGAACAAACUCCUCCUUGCUUGUCCACUUUACCCUCCUUUGAGGAAAAUACUAAGGUGACACAGUACACCUUUGAGAUCGUGGACAAGCAAGGCCUCUUAGAUGUAGAAGGCAACAGUGAACUCGAGUCAGUUGAAUCUCUUCAAGGAGGACAAACAAAACCAGCAGCCAGCAGCACAAACUAUGACGACGCGAUGCAGUUUCUCAAGAAGAAACGUUACCUUCAAGCUGCAAUGGCUAACAACAGCCGGGAUUAUGGCCUGAACACGAGCAGCAUCUCCUCUCAGCCACCUGUUACACAAACUGUGGUGUCAACAGUCAUCGACGAAACUGUUCCCGCCACCAUCCUGGAGCCCCAACCGAUGAACACAGAGAUUAAGACUCCUCAUGACAAGAAUGUUUUGCCUGAUGAGGUUCUUCAGACACUGUUGGACCACUACUCCAACAAAGCCAAUGGGCAAUCAGACAUUUCUUUCAGCGUGGCUGACACAGAGGUUACCUCAAGUAUAUCUAUUAAUUCCUCCGAUGUUUCAGACAGCAGUCCGGUCGAGAGCCUCGGAGCAUCUAGUGCUCAGGCUCAGCCACCUGCUGAGAAAGUGAGUCUCUUGCAAGAAUACUCCAAAUUUCUCCAGCAAGCACUGGAGAGGACCAGUCAGAAUGACAGCUACCUGACCAGCCAGAGCCUCAGCUUGGUCUCUGAAAACCCCACGUUAGCUGGACAGCCUCUGUUCUCCACAGAGAAACAGUUUCCUUCCCCCAGCAGGUUCAAAUCAGGGAUGAGCUCUCCACUAAGGUCCACCUUAGAGAAACCUCACUUCGGGUUGCUGGUCGGGGACUCCCAGCACUCGUUUUCCUUUUCAGGCGACGAGACCACCCCUCCCUCUGCGGUGUCCCCAGCUGAGGAGGACUUUCUGGAGCAGGUCUCACCCUCAAAAAAGACUGACUCUUCACAAGGGAUACUACAGACUUUUCAAAUAAGCUCCUUUGAACAGAACUUCAAAUCUCAUUUCCAGACGUCAAAAUCUGCAGCCUCCUCGCAGUUUACGGUUGCCAAUGGACAAGUGAGUGUUCGAGGACACAGCACAGAAUUCUCAGAGUUCCCUUUAGUCCGAGUCACUGAGACCAGGUCUCAACUGAACUCAUCCCCUGACGUUUCGACCAGUGAAUCGUUUGGCUGAAGAAAUGGAGGCGGGAGCGUUCAUUUCUGUUCAUCGUUUCUGUGGCACUUUAUCUCGUCUUUCCUGUGUUUUUGCCAAAUCAAAUCCCACUGCAAACGAGGGGUCUUUCUUUCUUUUUCUUUGUGUAAAGCAGUUAUAAUUUUGUGUUUUUACGUUCUAAACUUCUUAAACAGGAAUACUGAAAAAUGAUAAUCAUACUAUAAUUAGCAUUUCCCCUUUUGGAAAAAAAAUCAAACUUCCUCCAGAAUGUACAUUAUGAGAUUAAGCGACCAAAGUGUAAUGCAGGAGAUUAAUAUUCUCUAAUUCCAUUGCCAUUAUUUUUAAUGUUUGUGUCAAUCAUUUUGCCUUGCACACUUAACGAUCAAGUCACACUUGCUGCUUAAUGCAAUAUUUACACUUAUUAAAAUGUAGUUUGCGUCUAUGUACACUUUUUUUUUCCCCCCCUGAAUUUUUCGACUGCACUGGGGGUUGGGUGGUCCAGAGCUGCACAAACCUACUGUUAUUGAUACUUUUUCCUUAUGAAUGUGUUAAUUUUUUUCUGCAUUUGAAGAUCAAAAUCUGUAAUUCAACUGAGCUGAAAUGAAACGGGGCCACAUAAGUUUGUCCUGCUCCCAAAAAUCAGGCCCCCUUCCCCCAUGGCGGUGGUAGAUUUUUAUUUUUUAUUUUUUUGCUUUAGCUACUUCCCCUUGCUCUUUGUUUUGUUUUUUUUUGUUUUUCAAAAAAUAUCACUUAGAGCUUUUUUCUUUAUUCCAGCAGUUAAACUGUCCUCUGACACGCACGGUGACACAAAGUUGCGUUACCUAUUAAGGGUAUUUCUGCAGGAUGUGUGUAAUGAACGGUACAGGAUAGAUUUGACUGAUUGUGUUUGUGCUACCUGGGAUCGAGUUCACUAUCCAUUUUGCAGAUUUGAAUAAUAGGUAUAUGAAAUUAAAUUUAACAUCAUGUGAAUUAAUGUAUUCCCUUUUGGAUUUCUGGUUACUGAUUUUACAAACAUGACUAGUGCAGGAUAGACUGACUGCGCUAUUUGGGCAAUGUUUUGGGGUUUCGUUUUUUUUUUCCUCCAUGCCCCCCCCCCCAAAAAAAAAAAAAAAAAUGGUUUUGGCCGUCAAAUAGCUGCAAACAUUUAAUGGUUGCAGGAUCAUUCUUAGCUUCUGUUGUUAAAAUGCAUAAAGAUUCAGGGUUGUGCUAUGUGUUCACACAGUUUGGACGUUUUUCACGUGUACAUUUAUAUUAGAUUAUCACAGUAUGUAUAAGUCACUUUUUGUUAAGAGAUUAGUGAGACUAACCACUUAAUUAGUUUAAGUAGAAAUUCAAACUAAUUCACUUUUUCUUUGAUCACUUAAAAGGACGUAGCUCUUAUAAGGGAAACAAACUUAAAGUUCACGAUCCCUUGUAUUCAAGAGAAUUUGAUUAAAAUGAGCAGUUUAUUAUUUUGUGCCUUCUUUUAAAAGAAAUAUUACAAUUUCCUUUAGUCAUUCCUGCACAAUGCAUUUAUUUCUACUUGGUCUACGCUCUAAGGCUACUAGUUCCACUUGCACAAUACAGACAAGCACAUAAGCUAUCAACAUGUUCACACCUUCAUACUUUAAGACCUGGGAGCUUUAUUUAGUUUUGCCUUUUAAUAUUGUAUUAUUUUUAAGAUUUUAGCAGAGACAUAUCACCAAACUUAAUAAUCAACAUAUUAUCUGUAGUUGGGAGGAGUUAACAUGUCACGGACUCUUCUCCAGUAUGUGUGUAAGUACAGAUUUAAGUUGUAGAUGUCUAGAUUUGCUGAUAAUCACUGAUUUGCUGGAAUCUGGUCAGACUCAUCUGUACGGGCCUUGUUGAAACCAUGCAGUUUUAAACGGGAGUGGCAAUGAGUUAAGUCUUUUCUGUACUUCAUUACACUGUUGAUUGUCGUUCACGUCUUAGGUGCUAUUGUGUUAAACAAUGUUUUUAUUUUUUUGUUUUUCGUGCACCAUCCAGUUUAGGUUUGAAACCAAUGUUAAGCUCCCUCUUGUUACAGCUCCUCUGACAAUCAGGGACACACAGAACCACGUUAAUCAUCGAAUACUUUAUUCUUCCUCAAUGAUCAUUCCCUCUAGAAUGUAUAGAAGAUAUCCUGCUGUAAAUACAUUGUAUAUUUUUAUGCUCUGAGAAGUACUGUUAGGUUUUAUUUUGGUCCAUAGAAAGACAAGGCGUGUGCAAGAAACACUUUUUGUCAGUGAAUUUGGCAAGUUAAUUUGUUUUUUAAGCAUUUAUGAGAUUCAAUAAUGAAACGGUCCAUCUUCCUGAGAAAAUGUGGCUUUUGCAGAAAUCUCACCACUGUAUCAAAAGAAAUUUUUUUAUUAUAUUUUCAGUUUAAUUGGUGAUUGAUCAAAGUGAAUUUAGAUUUUUGUGAAUGUCCAUUAUGAUGGGUUUUACUGUAUAACUAUCAUCCAUAUAAUAUAUUGAAAUAAUUCCUUUUCAACAUAUUUAAAGUAAAAAAAAAUGUUCUUAGUGGCAGAAACAAUCCUCCAUUCAACAGCUGUGAGCGUCUUGAAUUUGUGUUAAAAUAUCACUUAAAAGUUAUAGUGUGGUUGAAAUACCUCACUAGCUGCCCUUUUUUUUUUAUUGUAAGCAGUCUUUAAAAGCACAGUACAGAUAGAAAUGAUGGUUUUGUAAAUUGUACCCCAUUCAGUUCUUUGAAUUUUGAAUUCAGUUAAAGUGGAAACCUAUUGGAGAUUAAUGAAGUAUGUGAGCAGUACGAUGAAUAUUUCUUUUUAAUUAACUAUUGUCAGUAACCUGACCAUAAGUGUCCUUGUAUAAGCUAGAGAAAUCUCAUUUGUGUGCGUGCGUGUAUGCGUGUGUGUGUGUAAAAAGAUCUGAAUUUUUUGAUAAAAAGCUAUUUUUGAAACAUGUCAUUUAAAGCACUGAUAUGUACAGUAUAUCAUAUGCAGUCAUUCUCGCUACCCUCAUUUAUCUCUGUAUAAGUCGUUUGUGUCAAGGUUUUUCAAAUACAGAUGGGAAUCUGAACUUUUCCUUGAUUUUAAAGAAUUUGACAAGGAAGCCUACUGCUUCACAGUAAGGUUGGUCUUACGUUAGGUUUAUUCUGCAUGGUCUCUGACUUGUUGGGUCAAGUGAACUUGUUUUAUGGAUAAUGUGCAGCUUUAAUUGUAGCUGAUUAUUUUCAGUCAAGUAACCCAUAUGAUUAGACUUUUGCAAUAUACAAUGAUUUGUAAGCAAUCUGAUUAAAUUGUUUUUGAUUGUUGUGUGUCAUGUCCUUAUAAAUAAAUAAUUCACAGCAUGUGAUCUUGAA